UUCAGCAUUUAUAAAAGAAACAGAAGAAGACGAUAGUUAAAUAAAAGAAAAUAAAAAUGAAAAUAAUAUUGAGAAAAUAAACCAAGAUUUAAUAAUAGAAGAAGAAGAUAUUGGAGAAACGGAUGAAAAGAAUUAAGAAAAAGAGAGAAUGGCAAAAUUAUAAAAAUAGCAAAUAAAAAUAGAUAUUUAAUUGUAAACACUUUAACCCUCAGAGUAGAUUGCUGUACUUUUGUAAGAUUAUAAAAUAAAAGCCAGAACUAAAAUAGUAGACGAUAUACCUCCAAGCGAAAAACUAAAAGAAUAUGAACGAAAAAAAUUAUAAUAUCAUGGAAAAGCUUUCAUUAAUGAUGAAGAAGAAAGAAAAUUAUUAAUUUAAAAAAAUGAAGAAUAAUUUGAUUAUAAUAAAUGGCAUUUUGAAAAACCGUAAAAAUAUCUGCCUUCACAUAUUGUUAAUGAAGAAAAAGAAUACAUAGAUAUAUAAUAAUAAUAAUAAUAAUAAUAAUAAUAAUAAUAAUAAUAAUAAUAAUAGUAAUAAUUUUAAUAAUAGUAAUAAUAGUAAUAAUAGUAACAAUAGUAAUAAUAGUAAUAAUAGUAAUAAUAAGAAAAUUAAAUAUUAUAAUUUUAAAAUUUAUAAGAAGCUAAAUUAUAAGAAAAUGAAGAACAAAAAAAAGUCAUUUAAAUUAUUCCUAAUAUUAGAAAUUUUUAAAAUGAUAAAGACAGCAAAGAAACUUUUUAAAGGAAUUUAAAUAAAAAAUUUGAACAGAGAUCUGAUUAUUUGUUUUAUGAACCAAGCAAUGAUAUUUAAGAAAUGAAUUUGGAACUUUAAUGGUUUUAAAAUAAAAACAAAGAAUUAAAUAAUAAAAAAUAAGAUGAAGAAAACAUUAAUUUUAUCAGAUUAUGGUCUUUAGCUAAAAGUAGAAUUGAAAAAGAAAUUAACAGGAAAAUUGAUUCUUCAAUUUAUGGAUCAUAAUUUAAAUAAUGCGAAUAUAAACCAAGGGCUUAUUCGGCUAAAUAAUUAAAAGAUUUUGAUAAACUAACUUAAACUAAUUCAAGAUUUAAAAACUUAUCACCUUCAAAAUAUAUUUAAGUAUAAGACUCAGAUUUUCAUAAUUAAACGGACAAGAAAUAAUUUAAAAUUAAUGAUGAAAUUUUUGAUUUAGAAAAUAAAGCAACAAAAGUAAAGAUUGAAGAAAUAAAACAUCUAUAUGGACCUACAAUUAAUGUAAAUCCUAAAAAUAUUAAAAUAAAUGAUGAUGAAGAAGAAAUUAUUCCUUCCAUGAGUAUUUAUGCAAUUAAUAGGAAAAAUUUGAAAUAUAGACCUUUUUCAGCUGUUUUGCAAAAAGUUAAUAUAUAAUAAAUAAGAUAAGAAUAAGUUGAAGAAAUUUAAGAAAUUAAAAAAAGAUUUACAAAAUAUAAAAUAAGUGUACCUUAUUAGAGUAUGGUAAAAGCUAUCUUAAUUCCUGAAGGGAACCUUGGAAAUGAGGCUAAUAUUUUACCUGAACCUGGCUAUGGUCUUUUUAGUAAUCCUUUUAUGAAAAUUAAAAAGAAAAAAAAGAAAGUAGGCAAAAAGAAAGGAGGAAAAAAGAAAUGA